UUUUACUCUCCUCGGCUCUCUGUCCAGAGUUUCAAUCUUACUGAGGUUGGGUUGCAGAGGUUUCUACCUUGGUAAUAAAACUUUCAUCUGUUACCCCCAAGAGUAGAUAGGAAUGAAACAAACAGAAGUUCUUCCAAGCAAACCCCACUUCUUCAAGCCUCUCAUUCCAGGUUUCCACCAGGAAUUUUUGAUUCCUGUGGCAUUUUUGAAGUACUUGAACGGGAAAGAUCAUGUGAAAGCAGUACUAAGAAGUCCAGAAGGGAAGGUUUGGACUGUGAAGAUUAACGGUAGAAGGAUUGAAAGUGGAUGGGCAGAGUUUGCAAGGGAGCAUGGGUUGCAGGUGGGUGAUUUCUUGGUGUUUGGACAUGCAGGAGAUAUGGUGUUUGAUGUAAUGGUGUUUGAUUCAAGUGGGAGUGAGAGGGAGUAUCCACACUUCAAUGUGAAAGAGGAGAAAGAAAGUUGGGAGGAAGAGCCUGAGAAGAAAGUUACCAGAGAGCUCACAAGGAAGAAGAAAGCCAUGCAUUCUUCAGAAAGAAAAGCUACUCUGGCAAUUAAAAAUCCAUAUUUUGAGACGACUGUGAAACCUUAUCAUUUUAAAGACAAUAGAAUGUACCUUCCAAUGAGCUUUGCAAGAUCAAAUGGUCUGAAUAACAGGGUCGACAACUGCAAGAUAACUCUGAUGAAUCAAAAGGGAAGAUCUUGGUCUGCGUAUUUAAAGCGCAAAUUUUCAUGUGGUAGCGCCUACAUUGGGAUUGGUUGGGCUGAAUUCAGAAUUCAAAAUAAGCUGAAAAAAGGGGAUUCCUUCAUUGUGGAGCUAAUUAACAAUGGAAGAAACCCUCAGUUCCUCUUUCGCAGAAAAUGAUUUUUGGUGGCCAAAGGGAAGCAGAGUAAUCACAAGCAUAUGUGGGCGUUGAUCAAUUGAUCAAUCUCUGAUGUUUACUCAUCAACCUUAUAGUUGCA